AUGUCCAAAUGGAUGAUGAUCAUUUUAAUCAGGAAUAGAGAAUUCAGCAAAGAUAUGAAUGGAUUGGUGUUAUUUUGCAUCUCUGUUUUCGUUUUCAUAACCUGUAACUGUGAUGAGGAAGAAACUUUAGAAGGACCUAAUACAUGCAUCAUUGAGGAAAAAUAUUUCGUAAGUAAAAAAGUAGUGGAACUAUGGCCCAUGAGAAAGAAGAGUCAUGUGUUUUGUUGGAAAGUGCCACCGAGGUGUACUAAAUAUUAUAUCAAGAUGGUUCCCUUUGAAGUUGAAAAGAAAUUCCCUGAGUUUAGAAACGUCACUGGAUGCUGUGAUGGAUACAAGAAAGUUGGUGAUAAAUGUGAGCCCGAAUGUUUGAAACAAUGCGUAAACGGAAAAUGCACUGGUCCAGGAGAAUGCAAAUGCAACCUGGGCUACUCAGGAACGAGCUGUGAUGAAGUCUGCCCUAUGGGAACAUGGGGUAUGGGUUGCAGCAAAGAAUGCGAAUGCAAUAACGCUACCUGUGAUCCAUUCUCAGGAGAGUGCAUAUGUCCUUCUGGCUGGAUAGUAAAAGAAUGUGGAGAAUUAAAUAAAAUGGAGUGCAAUACCACAGCUUAUAGCAAUACUACAUUAGAUAUGAAGACAUCUAAUCAUACUCCUCAAGAACUUCUCAGGGGAGGUUUAAGAAAACAUAAACAUUCCAGGAUUAUUAAAGCCACAACACUGACAGAAGAGGAAAGAUUAAUCUUCCAGUAUGUCGAGGAAAGAAAUCACAGAUUAUUAGCUGACAAAUGUGCUGAAGGUAUUAUUAACAUGAAUAUAGCAGACAUCGACAAUAAUUAUCAAACACCUCUCCAUCUUGCGGCAAGUCAAGGAUGUAUAAUUACUUUGCUAACAGUGAUAGCAUGUGGUGUAAAAAUUAAUGCAGUGGAUAGUAACGGUAACACGCCUCUACACAUUGCUAUUAUCUAUAAGCAAUCUCAUAUCUGUAGCUCCUUGUUGUUCAAGGCAGCCAAUCCUUUCAUCUAUAAUAAUAAUAAAAAAACUGCUUAUCAGUUGGCAAUGGAUUCUACAGAUCAUUGGAUUAAAUACAUUUUUCAUAAUAAACAUUUGCAUUGGUAUCAAAGAAUUAGGAAGUUAAACUCAGAUGAGAUAAAACUGAUGCAAAAUGUACGCGAAGAUAACUAUCAAACUGUUGGUGAUCUAUGCAUGAAACAUGUUGAUGUAUCAGUUGAAAAUGUGGAAGAUGGGCAAAAUACAGCAUUUCAUCUUACAGCUAAGUACGGAAAAAAUAUUGCCCCAAUGGUCCUUACACUUAUACACUGUGGUGGUGAUAUUAAUGCAAGAAAUGCUUUUGGCAACACUCCACUUCACAUUGCUGUGAUGUCAGGUGACUCUAACAAAACCAGUGUUCUCCUCCUACAUAGAGCUAAUCCAUUUAUUGAUAACUAUGAAGGUUUGACAGCUCACGAUUUCGCAAAAGAGUCCGUUGAACCAAGUCUGCGGACUUUGUUCGAGGAACCAUUGCUUAGUUGGUAUCACAAUAGCCAUUCUGUCCUCUGAAUGAAUGAAUUUUUUAAAAGAAUAUCUUUUGUUAUUUUUAUAUUACUUAUUUAUUAUUUGGAAGAUGUAGCAAUGAAAUUAUUUCUGAAUUCUUAUGGAAAAUUAAGAAAUAAAUUUUACCAUUUAAUUGAUUUAUUUUAGCAUAUGUGCCCUUUAA